AUGGUGGGUGAUGUUCAACGAUUGCAAGACGAGGUGAAGAGACACUUUGCUCAGCAGAAGGCAGAAAAUGGACGCCUGCAACAACAAAUCACGACCUUGAAGGGAGAGAAGACUUCACUUCAGCAGCAGAUCUUGGGUUUGCAGCGGCGCAUACAAGAAAUUGAGGAGCAGGUUGGUUGCGACUGA